AUGUACCUCAACCUCCUCUUCGGAGCAGGUCUCGUCGGCGUCUCUGGCAUCGCUGCUGGCCUUACUCUUGGCAUUCUUACUCUGGACUUGACCCGGUUACGAAUUAUUGUGGAGAGUGGGAAGCGCCCGGAUGCGAGUAGUGUGGAGAAGGUGCAGGGCCGUCGAGCGGCGAGACUGGUGAAUAUUCGGGCGAGUGGAAACCAGUUAUUGAUAACAUUAUUGUUGGUAAAUGUGGCAACGAAUGCGGCUUUUUCGAUCUUGAUGGGCGAGACCACGAGCAACGUCAGUGGCUUCUUAUUGUCAACGGGAAUCAUUACCAUUGUGGGCGAGCUCAUACCUCAAGCCAUCUGUAGCCGUUAUGGGCUGGAGGUAUGCAGUCAAUUUGUGUGCUUGAUUUACGCCUGGCAGUUUCUGCUCUACCCUUUUGUCAAGCCACUGAGCGCCGGACUGGACUGGGUCCUGGGCAAGGAGCUGGGGGCUCUGUACUCUCGUGACCAGCUCAGCCGACUCAUCAUGCAGCACAAGUGCAUUCUGAGCAACCAAGAAAUCAAGAUGCUCCAGGGCGGCUUAAGCCUUCAAGGCCGUCAAGUCAAAGAUGUAAUGAGGCAAGCCAACGACGUCUUUUUCGUCUACGACCACGACCGAGUUUCGGCCGUUCUACCCGCCAUUAUUGAGUCGGGCUACAGCAGGAUACCCGUGUUGUGCAAAGCAAACAACAAUGCUUGCGCCAUUUUAUUCGUCAAAGAUCUACUCCUAUUCGACGGGAUAGACACCCACGUCACCGUUACGCAACUCCUACACCUCCUCUACGGCGGUACCUUCGUGGAUCAUGUCUCAGAGACCAUGCCCCUCUUGGACUUAUUCAACUUCUUUAAACUUGGCACCUCGCACAUGUGCAUCGUACGCGCGGAUACCAACCCCCCCGGUCCUCUACUCAAUGACCCUGGAUCCAACGGCCCUGGAUCCAAAGGCCUUGGGUCCAAGGACCCUCAGCCUAACGCCGCAACCGGCCCUGAGGCUAGCUGCUGCGACCAUAGCACCACCAAGCGCCGCCAAACGGACCCACAAAAUUCUGACAAUGAAGUGGCGGUGCAGACCACUCAGGAGGGGGUUGUGAGCGACACCGACAAGCUGCUUCAAGUCGGUACUCUGGCGGAGUACCCUCUUCACAGUCCAGAGGAAUCGGAGUUGUGUGAGGUAUCCGUGCAACCACGAACCUGGAACCUUGCGGCAGGGAUUGACCGCGGGGCUGAAUACAGUGCCGACCCCAGACCCGGUGGCUCUACCUGGCCGCUUGAACCGAGUUUCGAAAUGCUGCCGGAACAUGUUUCCGAAACGGUUUGCGUCAGAGUCAAGGGUUCGGAAAACGAUUUUUCGAAGCUCGCUUCUUCCACCAAGAAUCAGACUUGUCCCGUUAAGUAUACUAGCGACCGAAAGAACAGACUACUACCCUCAAUCGGCUACCCCCACUCGAGCGACCAACCAUUGGUCGAUCAGCCAUUGGCCGAUCAGCCGUUGACUGAUCAGUCAUUGACUGACAAACCGUUUGGUUCCCUAGAAGUGGACAGUAUGGGAGAACCAUUACCUUCUUGCCCACCGUCUGCUUCAGGGUUCGGUCGGUGUUGCGUGGAAGCUCGGGAUGUGGGAAUCGUUACUUUGGAAGAUGUGGUGGAAUGUAUUCUUCAGCAGAGCAUAAUUGACGAGUUCGACACGCAGUCGCUGUGGCGAAGUAUCACCGGAUUUUCAUCUGCUGGUGGGGGCAUCCAGGACAGUAGAAAGGAGGUGCAGCCGACACGCUGUCGUCGGCAAGCCUUGAGUCGCGUGCUGCUGGAGUCGAAGACAGGCUUUGUGGAACGCGGGGGUAAAUCGCUUCUGAAGCACAGUUCAAGACAAGACGAUUUCCGAAUCUUCUGGCCCUACCUAUAUCUCGCUAUUCCCUCGGUGAGGCCGUACUCUUACGAAGAGAUAAAGGGAGGAAUCUUGACGAAGGAUUUUAUCGUCAACCGCGAGAUUAAAAUCGAACUAAAUCAAUAUCUACUCGUUAUUAAAGUACCAAGCAGACGACCACACCGACAAGCCAGAUACACUCCCCCUGUAGAUAAGCACAUUCCCCCUGCACGAAUACUUCUGCACGAAUACUCGUUAUUUAGGGCAAAGUGA